ACAGCACGGAUUAGUAGAAUAAUUUGACACUGCCGCUGGGUUUAUAAGCCCGUGCGUGGAUUUAUGAUGCCAGUCUUUGAUUUUGAACGUGCUGGAUAUACACUGGUCUUGGCAACGAUACACGAAGCGGACAUGAAGAGCUUAGAAAUGAAUACAGCCGCAUAUGACUACACAACAUGGCAAGUUAUGCAGGAAUAUAUGCCAGAGAUAUUGUUGGCGGACUUCAGAAAAAAAUUUCGAUUUUUUGAUCCUGAAAAAACUGGAUUAAUCAAAUUAGAGGAUGUUGUUACGACUCUUCGAAACAUGGGACAAAAUGUAUCGAUGGAACACGUGAGGAUAGUGUUGCAAGAAAUUAAUAGGAGCCCAAUCUACCAAAAACUGCUUGAAUUUGUAGACUUCAAAGAAUACCUCGCCCGUAUUAUCAACCAUGGUCACGAACUGCAUACCAGAAGACGAAAUGUAUCUCGUUUUCCGCCCAAUUCGAUAAGAUGGUGACGGUUACAUAACAGCCGAAGAGCUAAAAGAUUUGCUCUUGCGACUUGGUGACGACAUCUCUGAAAAUGAAUCACGGCCAUGAUUCGUGAAGCUGACAGGGAUGGGGACGGUAGAGUGAGCUACAAUGAAUUUAUUUGCGUAAUGACAAACUCGGAAGUACCAUCCAGUGACAUUUCUGAAGAAUCCAGCUGCUCUGAUUCGUUGUCUUCAUCACGCUCAGACCUUUCUUUGUCGGAUAAAGAAGAAGAAAAGGGAGAACCAGAAAGCGACCACGAAACACUUCUGGAAAAAGGAAACACAAUCUCGCCAAAAAAUUUCUCUUACGUCAUGUGAGAGCACAGUUCCAGAAAAUAUGAAAGAAGAAGAACAACCGCCCAGAACAAGAAAAUUGAGUCCUCUCGGAUUUGUUCUCCCGUCCGCAACGCAAACGACCCACCCGUCCUCAUCGGACGAGCUGUCCCAAUCUGUCCACUCCUGACCAAUGCAUAAAUGCAAACGUUAAACAAAGCAAAGAAAUAAACUCGAAAUCAAGUCGUCAAUUUAGUUUGUCCAACAGCGCCGCAUUCUUGCGCAAUGCCUUCAAGAGAAGGUCGAAGCGCACUUAAAUGUAUUGACCUUGCGAAGCAAUUAUUCAAAAACCUUAACGGAACAGCUUAUAUUACUAUUUUCGACAAUCCAAUACGACGUACUUGAUGGAAUACUACGAAUGCGGCCACUGUGACAUAUUUAAAUCUUCAAUAAUAAUCGUACUCACACUGUAUUGCUUUUUACUUGUAUAUUUUUGUCAUAAAACUUCCCGCAAUGUCAAAGUUAACCCACAGUAAUAUAACUUUUUCAACAAUUUUUUUACAACAAACAACUUUGUUACAUGAACGUGAAGAAGCACAAAUUGAAUAGUAGCUUCAUCAUUAUCGCCCAAUCAUAUUUAUCAUCUCCCAAGAGUUAAUCGGAAGCCAUGAUAAAGAGCGGCCUCCGUCAUUAUCCACUGGCUUGAAAUAACUUAAAACCUCUCGGUAUCUUUUAUGAGAAAAAUGUUGUUUUUUAUUGUUCAUUGUGCCAUGAGAUAUGUUAUGAUUAUUUUUAUUUAUUUAUUAUUUUAAAUAUCAACUAACCCACAGUUUCAACUUGAAAUAAAUGAUAAUUUAUGGAAAA